AUGCAUAAUUCAUCCAGCUAUAUUCUUCAAAGUGUCCCACCAGUUAUUCUUGACGAUCCACUUGCUGAACCGAAUUCAAAGUCAUCUUCAUUAUUAUCAAUGUGUAGAUGUUUUAUGAGUUUUGUGAAUGAACAAUCGACAUUGGAUUUUGAGUCGAAACUUCCAAAUGAAUUAACAACUAAUAUUACUGUUAAUAGUAAUAGUGAAGAUGGAACAAAUUCAUCAUUAUCUAAUAAUUUGAAAUUGUUUUUACCAUAUGUAGUUUUAUUACUAACUCCAACUUUAAGAUUAAUAUCAAAUUCUAAUCAACAUAUACGUUCUACAGCAGGAAGAUUGUUUGCAGCUUUAUUGAAUUUACUACCGUUAGAGAACAGAGUUUCUGAGCUAUGGUCUCUGUUCGACUUUCUUAUGCCUGAGUUUUUGGGUACAGAACAGUAUUUUUUAGCGAAAUUCGCACGUCCUGUGGCUGCUAGUCGCGAUAUUAAAGCUUCUAAAUCUGAUCAACAAGCAGGUCAAUUAGCAUUGGAGAAACUUCAUCGACUUGUAUUGCCAUUUAUGUUGAGACGGUUAAAAGAGGAUGUUAUGCAAGAUUUACCACCGAAGAUUAUUCAAGAUUUUGCUUGUAAAAUGACACCAAUUCAACGUAAACUGUAUGAAUCAUUUCAAAAAACCGAUGAAGGACAACAAGUGAUGAAUUUUGUAUCGGCUAGUAGUGGUGACUUUUAUUCUGAAUGUCGUUCUUCCUCGUUCGGUUGUGUUUCUACAUCACAUGGUUUUCAUGCUUUGCGCUACUUUCAAGCAGUUUGUAAUCAUCCGUGUUUAGUUUUAAAAUCUAAUCACCCUUUACUUGAUGAGAUUAAACAAGAAUUAUGCAUAGAUUCAAUGGAACAGUUAAGAGCAGUUGAUUAUAGUGGGAAACUGUUGGCUUUAUGCCGUCUUCUAACUGAUUGUGGCUUCGGGAGUCCAAACUCAAUCAAUGGCACAAAUGCUGGUAAUAGUUGUAACACUUUGUCGUCAACGUCUGGGACGUCGACUUCAUCUCAUUAUUUGGAUUCCUAUCCUGGUCUACUAAGUCAACACAGAGCUUUAAUGUUCUUUCAAACACGUGAAAUGUUACAAUUGACUGGAGAAAUGCUGAAAAAACAAUUUCCAUGGAUAACUGCUACACGAUUAGAUGGUACUGUACCGGUGAAUGAACGACACAAUCGUGUGGUUAGAUUCAAUCAAGAUCCAUCGAUCGAUUUGAUGCUAUUGACAACAGCUGUUGGUGGACUAGGGUUAAAUUUGACGGGUGCAGAUACUGUAAUCUUUGUGGAACAUGACUGGAAUCCGAGUAAAGAUUUACAGGCUAUGGAUCGAGCUCAUCGUAUUGGUCAACGACGUACAGUUAAUGUUUAUCGUUAA